UUCUGGGGGAUGGAUCAUUCAUGGUGGCUCGCUGGUGGUUUUUUUAAGGUGUGCUUUUCUUUUCUUUUCCACAGUGGGGGAGCUUGUCGAGAAAUCCUUGCACACCUUUGGGGAAACACGGUGGUAAAAGAAGCGCUUCGCUUGGUGCUGUGGGACACUCACACACAACGUGACACAGUGAUCACAGUGAUAUCAUAUACACGAUAUAAUAGUAUUAUGUAUUGUUAUAUAGUAUCAUAUCAUGUAGUAUAUAUAAGUGCUUUCGAUCCAGGCAGCAACCCGGUUCCUCACACCGCACUUCGCCGUUCGCUCGCUCUCGCUCUUGCGCUCUCUCCACCAUCUCCACACAAAGACCCUCUUCUUCCAAGAAAGAGAUUCUCGAGAAUGGCAAGCUUGUGGAUGCUCGCGGUGCUUGCCACAGCGGCCUUUGUUCUACUCCUGCUCCCUGGCGAGGCUGUUUGCGAGGGUGAUACCACUACCAAGAAGGAGCAAACAAGAGAUGGCGACCGCAAUGUCGCAGAUAUAGAUACCGCACUGGAUCAUCAGCUGGCGCGCCAGCUUGCUUCUCGUCCCAAAAUCCGUUGGUCUCGGAAGAUGCUAGAUUCUCCAGCGCAGUUUGCAGAUCACCCGGCGACGAGCAAGUCGCAAGCAGCACCGGAAGCUCAAGCAAAGGUUUCCAGAACUGUGAAGGAAAGAGACGCCGCUGGAUCAGCAGUACCAAGCACGAGCUCAUCCACCAAGAGCUCGUCCAAGCACGACAACACCGAGGACCUGUUCCACAUAGAUUACACACCGGCCGCGAUUCACCCUCCUCGCAGCCACGGUCACAAUCCUUGAGAUAACAAAACGAUUUCUUCACAGGCUCGAUCAAGCACCACAUUAAAUAGAGCUUAGCAGCAGCCUGUACAAAGAAAAGAGUAAGAGACCAUCAAGCAGAACAAAAAAACAGAAGAGAAUAAGCAAGCAUAUAGUAAUCAAAUCACUGAUCAGUAUGUCAGUCGAUCGAGCUAGAUCAAAUCUAGCUCCUCCUCCUCCUCCUCCUCCUCGGGUUUGCAAAUGGCAAUUACAAAUGUGAAUUCUAUUCUC